AGCAGCGGCCCCACCGAUGGUUUAAAAAGGGCGUUAAGGUGCGGGAAGGGAGUGGGACAAUUACAGGAUGAGUGAGAGAUACACGCAGGUCGGAAAUAAAGGGGCUCUACUCGUAAUGGUGCUUGUGAUCAGCGUCUGGGAGAUGACCGUACCAACAGAAGGAGCGACAGCAGCGCACCAUGUCCGAACAGGCACCUGCGAGGUGGUGGCGUUGCAUCGCUGCUGCAACAAGAACAAAAUUGAGGAGCGGUCACAAACUGUGAAGUGCUCCUGCUUUCCCGGGCAAGUGGCCGGCACCACCAGAGCUGCCCCAUCGUGUGUAGAUGCCUCGAUAGUGGAGCAGAAGUGGUGGUGUCAGAUGCAUCCGUGCCUUGACGGGGAGGAAUGCAAAGUUCUUCCUGAUCUGAAGGGCUGGAGCUGUGCUACAGGGAACAAGAUCAAAACCACUAAGAUUUCGGCGGACAGAGACCAGCUUUGGUAACGUCAGAUGCUUCACACAGGAGUCAGCUGAAGCAACGGUUCUGGUCUUUGUCGGCUCAUCAGAGGAGAAGAGAGUCAUGCAGAGGACCUUUCUGUAAAUAGAGACUUCCUUUCUUCUGGACUGCAAUUAAUCUUUGGAAAAACUUUGGAAUGCUUCUUCUUGAACUCUAUGGACAUCAAAAAGAGGAGUAGAUCCUAUUAAAAGUACUGAUCAGUCAACGCGUUUUUCUGAAGGACUCCAUAUGAUUAGCCUUACCGGACAACAGGAUUUAUUCUGUGACAUUAUACUGCUUGUAGUGGAAUACAAUGGUGAACUUUGCCUAUAUGUUUAUUUGUAGAGUAUUAUGUUCUUUACGGGGGAUUUUGCAUCACAAGUUUAGCCGGGUGAACAGCAGGUCAGUAUGUUGUAAGCAUCGCAAAUAUUCAUACAGAUUGUGAUUUCGUUUUAUCGGUCAGUUGUGACUUUCAUCUCUGACAAAGUGUAGUUUCAAAGGAUCAAAUAUAGAUGAGAAAACCUGGCCGGGGAGCAGAUAUUCAGGGUGAUUUUCAAAGAAAUACACAAACCGCAUUCAUCAAUAUAAUCAUUCAUAUUUGAAGGACUGCUGAAGAACUCCAGUGCUGCAAAAGGUAUAAACUGAUCAAACCUACCAGCUGUUAACGGACAGAAAGUUGGAUCCAGUCGUGGUUUGUUUUUCCUCUGAAAAUCACUCUGCCAUUUCCUGCCUCUUUUGCCAGAUUUUGUUUUUGUAUCGCAGCUCUGGAGAUCAGAUUGUAGCCGACAGCAGUGUAAAUUAAAACAUACAGCAUCUGGUCACUGGGUGAUAACAACAACCU